GCGAUCGAGGCGAUGAGGCGCGGUCAGCCCAUCGUGGUGACAGAUGACGAGUCGCGGGAGAACGAGGGCGACCUGAUCCUCGCCGGCGAGCUGGCGACGGCCGAGACGGUCGGUUUCGUCGUGCGCCACUCCUCUGGCGUGAUAUGCGUCGCGCUGCCCGGCGAGCGCUGCGACGACCUGCGGCUUCCGCCCAUGGUCUCUCGCAACCAGGACCCAAAGGGGACCGCCUUCACGGUGUCCGUCGACCUCAAGGCGGGGACCACGACGGGCAUCUCCGCCGCCGAGCGCGCAGCCACCUUCCGCGCUCUCGCGGACCCGGCGCUCGGCCCGGAGGCUUUCAACCGACCCGGCCACGUCUUCCCACUGCGCGCCAGAGCGGGCGGCGUGCUCGAGCGCGACGGACACACCGAGGCG